AUGGAGCCGGCUAUGCUCGCCGCACCACCCGAGACUGGGGGAGUGGAUGCAGCUGUAUAUGCUGCAGAGCGCAAUGCACAGGAGCAUGGGCCGAAUAAGCGUACCGACGGACGCGGCAAGGUGCCGCGGCACGGCCGGCGGAGCACCGAGCCGCCGCUCGACGCGCAAGUCGCGCCCCGUGCUGAUAUGAUGAGCUGGAGCACGCACAUUGAUGCGGUCGCAGAAGAGACGCCGCUCGUCUCGCUGCGUGCGGGACCGAGCCACGAGCGGAGGCGCACGCUGUCGCUCCUCGCGCUGUACGCAUCCAUAUUUACCAUGGCGAUGGCCAUGUCGCUCGACGCGAUGUCGUUCAAUCUCUACUUGAACUAUGCGUGCUCCGAGUUUAACGCACUCUCGUCGAUGGGCACUGUGAUGAUUGUGCAGCAGCUUGUGCGUGCGAUCGCCAAGCCGCCCGUCGCGAAACUGUCGGACGUGGUGGGGCGCAUCGGCACGCUCCUCUUGGUUCUCGGGCUGUACGCCGGAGGCUACGCGAUCAUGGCCUCUGCGACAUCGUUCAUGAUGCUGCUCGGGGGCACGAUCGUGCAGUCGCUCGGCGCGACCGGCGUCCAAGUGCUGCAGUCGGUGAUCAUCGCCGAUACGACUUCGGUGCAGUGGCGUGGCCUGUUGAUCGGCACGGUCAACGUGCCGUACCUGGUCAACUUUGCGCUCGCGGGGCCGCUCGUCGACUUUGCGCUGCGCACGCACGGCUGGCGCUUUGGAUUCGGGAUCUGGGUGCUCGCCGUGCCGCUCUCGGCCGCGCCGCUCUUGGUCACGCUCCUGGUCGGCUACCGCCGGGCGCGCCGCCGCGCGCAGCGCAGCGCGCCGCCGCCCACGCCGAGCGUCUGGCGCGAGAUGGACUUGCUGGGCAUGGGCCUCUUUUCCAGCGGCCUCACCCUCGUCCUCCUCCCGCUUUCCCUCGGGGGCUUUUCUGCCGUGGCCGAAGGCUGGACGAGCGAGAGCCAGCAGCUCGUCGCCGGUUUCCUCCUGCUUGGCGCUUUUGCGCUCUGGCAGGCACGCACCGCGACGCCGUUUCUUCCGUACUCGGCGCUGUCCAACUUUACCGUGAUGGCCGUCUGCACGAUUGGCGCCUUGGACUUUGCUGGGUUCUACUUGUCGUGGACGUACCUCGCGCCGUUCAUCAUGAUCCUCAAGGACUGGGACCAGGUGCGCACGGCCUACUUUGUUUCUGCACAAAACGUCACGUCGACCAUCACCGGCAUCAUUGUAGGGAUGCUGAUGGCCUAUACGCGGCGCCUAAAAGGCUUCCUUACGUACGGCUACAUUGUGCGCGUGCUUGGCAUUGCGCUCAUGAUCCACUUCCGGUCGCUUGGGCACACGGCCGUGACGCUGGUCCUGUGCCAGGUCCUCCAAGGCAUCGGUGGCGGGUCGGUCGCGCUCACGAUGCAGGUCGCCGUGCAGGUCGCCGUGCCGCCGACGCGCGUCGCAGUCGUGACGGCGUUUGAGCUGCUCACCACCGAGGUCGGCGCGGCGGUCGGCAGCGCGCUCGCGAGCGCGCUCUUUACGUCGCUCCUGCGCCCGGCGCUCGACACGCACCUGCCCUAUCUUCCGCACACCGAGCUCGAUCGCAUCCAGGGCAACCUCGGCGCGGUACUCGAGUACCCGGUCGGCUCGCUCGAGCGCAUCGGCAUUACACAAGCAUGGGUCGACGUGAUGCGCACGCUGUGCAUCACCUCGCUGCUUGUGCAGGUGCCGGCGCUGGCCAUGACCUUUUUCAUCCCGGAAAUGAACUUGCACGAUAGCCACACGCACCGCCACCGUGCCGCGGACCCCGAGCGGGACGAGCCGCAUGGCACGCCGCUGGAAUCGCCCGCGCGCUUCCAGUCGCCGCCAUGGAGCCGCGACCGCCGGCCUGCGCCAGGAAAAUAG